AUGGAAUUGGCAGAUGGUAAGAGAGAUGUAGUAGACCCGGAGGUUCGGGCUUAUGUGUCGAGUCUUGUCACGGCGCUUGGAGGAAGUGGUGCCGACGAAGAUGGUCGAUAUGUCCUUGGAGAUGAUGCUUUGGCAUGUCUUCGGGAUCUAAAGAAAUGGCUUAAGCUUUACGACGAAAAGGCGAAUCGACUGGAUGUAGCACGAUGUCUGGCCGAGUCGAAUCUGGUGGGAGGAGACUUGUUACAGAUUCUUGCAGCUUGGCCAGAGAAUGCUACCGAAGACAGGUUAAAGUCAAAGAUUGCCUUAGCUUGCUUGGAGCUUCUGGUACCCCUGACUUGGCCUCUCGAAAAGAACGCAGAACAAAUGACAGUCAACCAUCAUCGACAUAUUCCUUACCUACAAAUCGCCCAGCUCGGGUACAAACGAUCAAUCAUCAACUAUGAUGGAGCCCGAAUUCUACAUACAGUAGUCAGAUGUGCGUUGCCAUCAAUGGCCGAGGCAAUGGGAGAUAGGAGUACGAGAGAUGAGGGGAUUAUCAAGCUUCUCCUCUAUUUCCUGAGAAACAUAGCUAUGAUUGCACCUCCCCCGAACGUGCAAUACGAGGGAGACGAAUCAGAAAUCUCGAGAUCUGCAACUAUCGACGCCUUCGACUACCAAGAUAUCUUUCAUCUUCUCCUGACCGUCUCAUCCACCAUGGGCGAGGAUUUCAACACCCAAGAUGUGGUGGUAUUAGAUAUCCUCUUCUACCUGAUCAAAGGAAUUGAUGUGGAUAAACUCUUCGUGGACGAAGCAACGGCCGACAACAGCAAGAUGGACGAGUUAGUGAGGUUGCGGAAGAAGGAGGCCGCAAUAUUGAGGAGUUCUCAAGUUAAUGCACCCACUCGUCACAACAGAUUUGGAACCAUGGUGUGGCUCCAAAGAGAGGACGCGAAAAUGACAACCAUCUCUGGACAGGCUGCUUUAACAGACAGUACCAGAAGUCUUGCCAAAAUGGACAGCACCAAGAAAUUCAAACCGCCUCGGAGAGCCUUGAAAGGAGAGCACGGGCCAAUGGAUUUCGACACUCCCGUAAUGCUCAACGUGCAGGCAAACAAGCAUCUUCGAAGAUUUGUGGAAGAGUUCCUAGAUUCAGGCUUCAACCCACUGUUUAACCACCUACGCAAAGCUAUCGAUCGGGAAGCGGAGCGAAUACUUGAAUACCACCCGAGACAGUUCUUCUACUUGGUUUCCUGGUUUCUCGAUGCGGAACGAGCAAGAAGAAAGUGCAAAAGGCCUUCAAAGAGCCAGAAAGAUGCCGCCCCUGAGGAUCUGGACAGCUUCUCUCUUGUUGCAAGCGUGCUGAACCAAGAGAUGUUCGUCACUUUAAACAGAUCAAUGGAUACAAGCUUCGAGAACAAGUCAUGGCAGGAUCUGAGUGCUGCUAUGAAAUGUUUCACCCAGAUCCUUCUCACAGUUCAAGAGAUGUCCGAAUCACCGCUCGAGGAGGACCAAGAAAUUGCUGAGAACAUUCUCAACCGAAUCUUUUACGAGGAGACCACUCAUGACAGAGUAGCAAACAUAACUCGAACUUACAAAGACCAAGGUUUCGGGUAUCUGGAUUCCUGCACAGAGCUAGCCCAUAAUUAUCUUCGAAUUCUGGAGCAAUAUUCCAAGCAGAACGUUGAUCUUCAAGUAAGGUCUCGGAGGCGAGUGCGCCGGAAGAAGAAGGCUGCAAGGGCUGAAGGCCAAGAUGAACCUGACGAUGAUAUCGUCGAUGAGUCAGAUGGAGAAGACGAGGCCAGAGCGGAACGAACUUCUCACGAACGAAAAUUUGAUUUCAAGCGCUUUGCCGCCAGAUUCCUAACACAAGGCUGUAUCGAUACUUUCGUCACAUUCACCGCUUACUACAACGAUCUCAAACCAGUACAACUGAAACGAGCACAUCGUUACUUCUACCGUGUUGCAUUCAAACAAGAUAUGAGUGUAAUGCUCUUCCGAGUCGAUAUUAUUGCGCUGCUGUACAAGAUGGUGAAGGGGCCAGAAGGUUUGGAUCCCCAAUCAGGCACGCACAAGGAGUGGGACGAGCUCGUGAAGCAGAUCCUCAAGAAAUGUACAAGGAAGAUCCAGGAGCGUCCUGAGCUGGUUGUUGAGAUGCUUUUCUCGAAGAUUAACAGCACUGCACAUUAUCUGGAGUAUGGAUAUGAAAAACAGACGGUGACAUCGAAGCCGCGAGCCGCGGCCGAGCUCGAGGUCAAACCAGGGAGAGAGUGGGAGGACCAAAUAGGUGUCGUCGUAGGUGCCAUGUUAGACAGGAACGAAGGAGAACAUCUUCAAUGGGUCAAAUCGCAACUCUUCUCCGCCGAGAGCGAACGUAGGAGUUGGGAAGGGGCAAAUGCGGCCUUGCCAUCUGUGGAGAAAGACCCCUUUGCAGAAACCGACGAGACUCCAGCCGUCGAAGUUGAACAACCCAAGCCUCCCUCAAUUUUAGUCAAGGCUGAUAACAGCGCCCGGAAGAUCGCCAUGUUCAAGAACGGUCAUCUCCGUCUUCUCAUGACACUCAUUGGCUUCCAACAGAUCAGUGAAGAAGACGACCCCGAGGGCUCUUGGAUCAUUCCGUCAUCUUUAUCCGCUGACCAGCUGAAGCAAUCUCUUGACUUGGUGAAGAAAUUUGAGUUCAGUCCCCCGGUUUUCGAUGAUGGGCAAGAAGCAGGAGACUGCAUCAGGAGAAAAUCUGCCGGAUCAACCUCGAGACGAAAAGCUGUAUUCGACGAUGAAGAUGAUGGAAUUGACAACGACACUGAGGAGGAGCUCUUGUUUGAACCUGGUGGUCCUACUGCCAUGAAGAAAUCGGAUGCUUUAGAAGCGCUUAAAAAGAACCGCAGGCGAAGGAGGAAAGAAGGGUCUGAGGACCCCGAAGCUAAUCGCCUGACAGACGAACAGCUGAAGGCUCGGGCAGAGGCACGAAGACAAAAGGAACUCGAGAAGAACAGGAAAAUCAAAAGUGAGCUGUAUGUCCAUGAUAGUGAUGAGGAGGAGGAUGAAGAGCGAGACAGGCUCUUUUUCGAGCAGGAGGAAAAGCUUCGCGAGAAAUCGAAAAUUGCUAUCAUGAAGGAGCUUCUUGGGGUGGGUAAGGAUAAAGCGAGUGGUCCUGUUGCUCGGAGCCGGAGCAAGAAGAGGCAAUCGAGCGCUAUUUCAAUUGAUAGUGAUGAAGAGGCAGGUGGAAGUUCGUCAACAGCGAGAGACAACGUGCUAGAAGAGUCUGACGAGGGCGAGAGUGCCAUAGAUACGCCAAUGUCGAGCCCCCACAACCGAUCUUCUCAGACGAAAAGACGUAAGGUCUCGAGCGAAGAACCUGAGUCUGCUGGUCACUCCGAAGCCGACGAGCCUGUGAAGGAUGGGCCGACAAUGGCAGCUGAAGAUAGUGAUGAUGAGGAUUUCGCUGUCGUUAGACCGGCUCGUCAAAGGGUCAAGGCAGGGUUUAUUGUUGAUAGCAGUGAUGAGGAAUAA